AUGAUCAAGUCAAACAACAUCUUCAAAAGCUUAUCAGUGCAUCCUUCCAAUAUUAGCUUUCCUAGUCAUCUAACAAUUCUUAAAGAAAACUUUGGAUUCAAAUGGGCAUCCCAAAAGCUAUUUCCCUGGAAGUCUCUCCCAAAUCAGCUGGCAGGCAGUGCACUUGUCAUGUAUAACUGGCCAGCAGAUGUUAUCUUCCCAGGUGAGGAAUGCUGUGGCAAGGCAUCUGGGAAAGGGAUCUUGGACCUCACACAUGCAGACUGUUCUAAGCUCAUUGCUGUGCUUGUGGACACUAGUGAAAGCAAACUCUGCAUCUGGCAUGACCCUAAAAACAAAAGUAUGUCCUCCAUUUUUUAA